AUGGACACACUUAUACAACCUCAAAAUACCUUUGUCCAUCCCACGAGCCUACUCGACAGCAGCUGUAUCCUCGGACACAACGUCAAAAUUGGCCCUUUUUGCCAUGUUGGAUCUAAUGUGACUAUUGGAGAUGGCACAGAGCUUGUCUCCAACGUAACGAUUCUAUCGUCAACGUCACUAGGCAAGAACUGCAAAGUAUAUCCAUAUGCUGUCUUGGGUGGACCGCCGCAAGACAAGAAGUACUCUGGUGAAAACACUGCUCUAGUCAUUGGGAACAAAACCAUCAUCAGGGAGUUUGUGUCAAUACAUAUAGGCACAGCUGACGGAGACGGUAUUACGCGUGUCGGAAACCGAUGUUAUAUAAUGACCAACGUCCACAUCGGCCACGACUGCCAGAUUGAUGACGAUGUGGUGCUCGCUACCGGAGCUGGGUUAGCUGGUCACGUCUCUGUUGGCAGAGGUGCCAUUGUUUCUGGACAAGCUGGCAUUCAUCAAUUUUGUCGGAUUGGUCAGCUGGCAUUUGUCGGCGGAGGAAGUAUGGUCACCAGGGAUGUUUUGCCUUUUUCUACCGUUAUCGGAAACAGAGCGAUGACAGUAGGCUUGAAUGAUGAAGGGUUGAGACGGCGGGAAUGGCCAUCUGAGAGGAUCUCAGUCCUGAGAACCGCGUUUGUGACCUUUCUGAAUAAGGGAGAUAAAGGUUUGGAGAGCUACUUGAAACAGUUGUCAAACUCUGUCGAUGUGCAAGUGUUGCUUGACUUUAUAAAAGGCUCAUCAAGGAAUAUUUGUCCACCAAAAGUAGAUUUGAAAGCAAAUUUGGCUAAAUUAUAG